AUGGAGAAGGCAAGCUUAACAGAGUUGAGGGUGAAAAGUUCUGAGCCAGUCAUGGUGGUCCCUUCUCUGCCUUCACCCAAAACUAUCCUCUCCCUCUCCUUCAUUGACCAAGUAUAUGGAAAAUCUAGCUUUAAUUUUUUGUUAGUCUACAAUGCCCGUCAAGGUAUUUCUGCAGAUCCUGUGAAAACAAUUCGAAGUGCUCUGGCCAAGGCUUUGGUGUAUUAUUAUCCUUUGGCUGGACGUCUCACAAGUAAAGAAAAUGGAGAGCUUCAAGUGGAGUGCACAGGCGAGGGUGUUCUCUUUGUAGAAGCCACAUCGGAUAACGAUCUAUCUGUCCUGGGAGAUUUGGAGGAUUUGAAGCCGUCAUUCCAACAGCUACUGUUUCGACUUCCACCAAUUACUGCUGAUAGUCCGAACUCUCAUCUUCUGGCUAUGCAGGUGACUCAGUUUGCAUGUGGGGGUUUUGUUGUGGGAAUGCAUUUCCAUCAUAGUGCAUGUGAUGGAAAAGGAGCAGGGCAAUUUUUUCAAAGCCUCACAAAGAUUGCAAGGGGAGAUGCCAACCCAUCUAUAGAACCAAUAUGGAAUAGAGAGUUAGUGAAGGCAAAAGACCUUUUACAUCUCCAAUAUUAUCACCUCCAUUCAGCUAUGGAUAGUGCACACAACUUGCUUUCACCUUUAAUUGAGGACAAAUUGGUUCGAGCCUCCUUUGUUAUAAACUCUGAGAUACUACAAUAUAUCAAAAAAGAGUUUAUGGAAGAAUGUAAAGAAUCUUUCUCUACGUUCGAAAUUGUGGCAACAUUGGCUUGGCGAGCCAUAGCAAAUGCUCUUCAUAUUCCAAAUAAUCAAAAUGUCAGUCUUCUCUUUGCAGUGGAUAUGAGGAGAUCAAUUAAUCCACCACUUCCACGAGGAUACUAUGGUAAUGCCUUGGGUAUAGGAAGUGCAUCAGACACUGUGCAAGACCUCAUUAAUGGAUCUCUUUUGCGAGCUCUAAAGAUCAUAAAAAAAUCUAGGAUGUCUUUACAGAAUGCAUAUUUGACGCCAAGCAUGACAUACCCAUCUAAACUAAACAUGCAUUUACAACAAGACAAUAUAAUUGGAUUGACUGAUUGGAGGCGAGUAGGAUUUAAUGAAGUGGACUUUGGUUGGGGAGAUGCAACGAAUGUAAGUUCUCUACUGUCUUUGGAGAAACAACUGAUUACACCAGUUUUCUUUAUCUUUGUCCAACCUCCUAAGGACAUGCCUAAUGGAAUCAAGAUACUAAUGCGCAUGCCGAUGUCUACAGCCAAAGCAUUCAAAAUAGAGAUGGAAUCCAUGAUAAACAAAUGCAUGGAUAAAAGCAUUCAGAUUACAACUGGUGAAGCCAUGAAUUUUUGA